AUGCAAAUAGAUUCUCCAUCCCCACAAGAGAUUGAUGAAGGGUUAUACUCCCGUCAAUUAUAUGUGUUGGGUAAAGAAGCUAUGUUAAAAAUGCAAAAUGCAAAUGUCUUAAUUGUUGGUUUAAAAGGAUUAGGUAUUGAAAUCGCGAAGAAUAUUGCUCUUGCUGGUGUUAAAUCAUUAAGUCUAUAUGAUCCAGAACCUGUUGAAUUAAUAGAUUUAUCUUCCCAAUUCUUUUUGAAUGAAUCUGAUAUCGGACAACCUAGAGAUAAAGCAAGUGCUGAAAAAUUGGGGGAAUUAAAUGCAUAUGUUCCUAUUCAUGUCAUUGAUAAUAUCGAUGAAGAAGCAUUGACUGGAUUUAAGUGUAUUGUUACCACCGAUAUUUCCUUGGAAGAACAAUUGAGAAUUAACAGCAUUACUCAUAGUCGUGACAUUGGAUAUAUACACGCAGAUGUUAGAGGAUUAUUUGGACAAUUAUUUGUUGACUUUGGUGAAAAGUUUACCGUUAUUGACCAAACCGGUGAAGAACCAAAAAGUGGAAUUGUGUCUGAUGUUGAACGUGAUGGAACUGUAACAAUGUUAGAUGAUAAUAGACAUGGUUUGGAAGAUGGAGAUUAUGUGAAGUUUAGUGAAAUCGAAGGAAUGCCAAAGUUAAACGAUGGUAACCCACAUAAAAUUGAAGUAUUGGGUCCUUAUGCUUUCAAGAUAAAGAUUGAUGAAAGUUAUGGUACAUACAUCAGAAAUGGGUUAUAUACUCAAGUUAAGGUUCCGAAAGAAAUAUCAUUUGAACCAUUGUCUAAACAAUUACAAAAUCCAGAACAUGUUAUUUCUGAUUUUGGUAAGUUUGAUAAACCUGCUCAAUUACAUUUAGGUUUCCAAGCCUUACAUGCCUUCAGAAACAGACAUGGUGUAUUGCCAUUACCAUAUAAUGAAGAGCAUGCAAACGAAGCUUUCAGAUUAGCUCAAGAAAUAGCUACUCAAAGUGGAUUUGAAGAAGAUCUCAAUGAAGAAUAUUUGAAAGAAUUGUUCUACCAAUCUAGAGGUGACAUUCCAGGUAUUGCCGCCUUCUAUGGUGGUUUAAUUGCUCAAGAAGUCUUGAAGAACUGUUCUUCAAAAUUCACACCUAUUAAACAAUGGUUAUAUUUCGAUUCAUUAGAGUCAUUGCCUUCGAAUGAUGAAUAUCCAAGAAAUGCAGAAAACAACAAACCAAUUGGCUCCAGGUAUGAUGGACAAAUUGCAGUUUUUGGUAAGGCAUUCCAUGAAAAGAUUUCUAACGUCAAAGUUUUCUUGGUUGGAACAGGUGCAAUCGGAUGUGAAAUGCUUAAGAAUUGGGCUAUGAUGGGAUUAGGUUCUGGACCAGAAGGUAAAAUAUUUAUCACUGAUAAUGACUCAAUUGAAAAGUCUAACUUGAACCGUCAAUUUUUAUUCAGACCAAAAGAUGUUGGAAAGAACAAAUCGGAUGUUGCAGCAAUUGCUGUUCAACAUAUGAAUCCUGCCUUGACUGGUAAAAUUGAAUCUAGAUUGGAUAAAGUAGGACCUGAAACUGAAGAUAUCUUUGAUGAUGCAUUUUGGUCUAACUUGGAUUUCGUAACCAAUGCCUUAGAUAACGUUGAAGCUAGAACUUAUGUUGACCGUAGGUGUAUCUUUUACAAGAAGCCAUUAUUAGAAUCAGGUACAUUGGGUACUAAAGGUAAUACUCAAGUUGUUAUUCCAAACUUGACUGAAUCUUAUUCUUCAUCUCAAGAUCCUCCAGAAAAGUCUAUUCCAUUAUGUACCUUAAGAUCCUUCCCUAAUAAGAUUGACCAUACAAUUGCGUGGGCAAAAUCCUUAUUCCAAGGGUAUUUCACUGAUUCUCCAGAAAGUGUUAACUUGUAUUUGAGUCAACCAAACUUUGUUGAACAAACAUUAAAGCAAAACCCAGAUAUUAAAGGAUCAUUGGAAAACAUUGCUUCAUAUUUGAAUAAUCGUCCUUACUCUUUUGAAGAUUGUAUUAGAUGGGCAAGACGUCAAUUUGAAGAUAAGUUCAGCAAUGAAAUCAAACAAUUAUUAUACAAUUUCCCACCUGAUGCCAAGACUUCUAGCGGUGCACCAUUCUGGACCGGACCAAAGAGAGCUCCAAAGCCGUUGGAAUUCGACCUCAACAAUAAGGACCAUUUCGACUUCCUUGUCGGUGGUGCCAAUUUGUUGGCCUACAUUUAUGGAUUAAAGGAACCAAAUGCAGGUUUUGAAGUUUAUGAAAAGGCUUUGGAAGGUAUGAAGAUUGAUCCAUUUGUUCCUAAAUCAGGUAUCCGCAUUGCCGCCACUGAUACAGAAGCUGAAGAACAAGCAAACCAACUCUCUGGCUCUUUUGACGACGAAGAAAUUAGAAAGAUUGCUGCAUCAUUGCCAGAACCAAGUUCAUUGGCUGGAUACAGAUUAAACCCAAUCGAGUUUGAAAAGGAUGAUGACACUAACCAUCAUAUUGAAUUUAUCACCGCUGCUUCCAACUGUAGAGCAUUGAAUUAUUCUAUUGAAACCGCGGAUGCUCACAAGACUAAGUUUAUCGCUGGUAAGAUUAUUCCUGCAAUUGCCACAACUACCGCAUUGGUGACUGGAUUGGUUUGUUUGGAACUUUACAAAGUUGUUGCCAAAAAGACAGAUAUUGAGCAAUAUAAGAAUGGGUUCAUUAACUUGGCCUUACCAUUUAUUGCAUUCUCAGAGCCAAUCAAAUCAGCACAAGGAAAGUAUAAUAACAAGACUUUUGAUCAAAUCUGGGAUAGAUUCGAACUUGAAGGUGAUAUGACUUUACAAGAAUUAUUAGACCACUUUGAGAAGAAAGAAGGUUUAACCAUUUCUAUGUUGUCGUAUGGUGUUUCCCUUUUGUAUGCCUCCUUUUUCCCAGCGAAGAAAGUUAAAGAUAGAAAAACUAUGAAGUUGACCAAAUUGAUUAGAGAGGUAAGCAAAAAGGAAAUUCCUCCUCACGUCAAUUACUUAAUCUUUGAAAUAUGUUGUGACGACGAAGAAGGUGAAGAUGUAGAAGUGCCUUACAUUUGUGUUAAGAUUUAG